UUUCCGCAGAGAAAAGAUGGCUUCCUUCAUCGAUGUGGAACGAGUGAAGCUUCGGUGUUUUUGUGGGUCGAAAGCCCCUCUCUGUAAACUUUAUUUUUGCAGACAUUGUCUGAAGUUGCGAUGUGGAGAUUGUGUUUUGCACGAGGUUGAUUCUCAUUACUGCCCCAAUUGCCUAGAGAAUAUGCCAUCAGCUGAAGCAAAGUUAAAGAAAAUCGGUAAGAGCCACUGGAUGGAACUCUGUGCCAAUUGUUUUGACUGCCCCAGUUGUAUGCAUACACUGUCAACUAGAGCCAGUAGCCAGGCUGUCCCUGACCCUGAUGACCCUUCCAAAGUCACAGCCAGGAAAGUGUACUACUUGGCCUGUGGUUUCUGUCGCUGGACUUCCAGGGAUGUAGGCAUGGCAGAUCAGUUGGUUGCCUCUGGUGGAUGGCAAGACCAAGAAAAUCCUAAUGCUCAAAGGAUUGCAACUCUGCAAGAUUAUUAUCGUCAACUUGCCCAGAGGGAAAAACAGGAGAGGGAAAAGAAGAAAUACACUAGGAGGAGGGGUUACUUCCAUUUCUCUGAUAAAUAUGGACUGACUUCAGUGGCUGCCAAAAGAAGAGGCCUUAUGUCAAUGGCCAGUCUUAAUCUGAAAGAAGGAGAGGAAAACCAAACCUUAACAGUCCCUGCUGCUGAACCUUUGACUGAUGUUGAAGCUCUUCCAGAUAGUAUUUAUACAGAGCCGUUGGUGCUAGAAAAAGUGAGUACUCUUAGUCAGUCUCUGGCCAACCCUGAAUAUCAACCGAUGGCUCGUGGUGAUCUGUACCCACGACAUAAGCAUUUACUAGUCAGGAGAUCACAGAGGUGCAGGGAGUGUGAACACAAUCUAAGCAAGCCAGAAUUCAAUCCUUCUUCCAUUAAGUUCAAGAUACAGUUAGUUGCAUUGCAACAUGUUCCAGAUAUAAGGAUGAUGCCCCUACCAAAGUUGGUGUAUCAAAAGGAAUGUCAAAUAAUAUUGACACUAAUAAACCCAGUGGAAAACCCUACCAAAGUCACACUUCUACCCAUGGAGAAAACUGAAGAAUCUGAAGACACUGCAACAAUUGUCCUCCCUGAAGCUGAACUAGCUCUAGCAGCUAGGGAUGAUGCUGCUGAAUAUGGUGAAGGAACUGAUCAGCAAGACUUCCAGGAUGACCCUAAUGUGGUUGUAUGGCGGAAGGCUAACAAGAUCAGGUUCACUGUGAAGGUGAUACCACAAAAAGCUGUUGGAGAUGUCAAAGUUUCUCUUCUAAUGAAGUACGACUACAAGAACAUGACUGGAGCUCUCCAGGCAGAAAAGAAAGAACCACAAAUAGCAUCCUUAGAACACCAAGUUUUUCUCAAUUUUGGACCAGUUAGUGCUUAGUUGAGCAUUCUUGGUUUAUUCACAAACAGCUUUGCUUUAAGUUGUCUUUACUGCAUUGCAUUUGAUGCAUUUAUGAAUUAAUUUAUUUAACUAAAUAUCAUGGAUAUGAUUACUGAGGGAAUUUCCUGGUUUCAGGGAAUUUUACCAUGAUUCAGCCACAUCUCUGAAUAUUUAAAUAGGUGUUAUGGUCUCUGUGUCUUUCCUAUCAUGUUCCAAAGUUAGUAUCUGUUUCUAUAUGAAAAUGUAUGUAGAACUUUUAUUGGUUGAAAGAAAGACAGUUACAAAACAUUUGUGUGUCUUUAUAUGAAAAUUGUGUUGGGGAGUUUAAUGAAAAAUAUUGCAGGUGAUUUUCAUAAAAACAACUUAUUUGUUGGAAGAACCAUGCUACAUAAAUUGUUGCAAGUCCUGUUAAGUGUUAUGCACAACAUUCUUCAUUAAAAUAUAGACUUGUCCUUAUUACGUGCUUUUAGGAUGGAAUAUUUGAUAAUUUUAGUAUACAUAUAUAAGAUGUGUUACCUCAGCAUGGUACGGCAAUUGUUUCUGGUGGUUUUUAUAGAAAGCUCAAGUGGUAUUACUAUAAAGUGCAUAUUUCAGUCGUCACUGACUUAGUAAAAUUUAAAUGAUUGUGACUUGUCAGUCUUUAUAGGACAGCCAGCUUUUCAUAUAAAUGUAAUAAAGAAAAACAUAUUUGUC